AUGAUUUACGCGAAGGAAAACGGGAAGAGAAGGAGAAGGGCAUUGCGCUCCCCUCUCCAGUCUAACCUCCAGAUCACGGGUCAUAAAUCGGUAACAGUUGAACUACACCAAACACACUAUUUUGGCGAAGGCGAUAUCAACCGUUAUGGCGGCAGCUAUGGAGGGGGUAGUUUUGGCUCCGGGCUGGAUCUCGGGUUGACCUCCUCCUACACCUACGAUAGCUUUGGUAGCGAUUUCGGUGGAGGGUAUGGCGGUGGGGGAUAUGGCGGCGGUUUCGGAGGGGGAUAUGGCGGUGGAUAUGGCGGCGGAUACGGUAGCGGUUUUGGAAGUGGUAGUUCUGGCGUGCCUCGCGACACGGGGAUAAAUAUUCGGCAAACCCUCCAAGUAGGCUUGCACGGGCGGGUCGGAGAACAUACUCAUGUUGAGGUUGACUAUAGCGACUCCGGCGGAGGCUAUGGCGGAGGCUAUGGCGGCGGUUACGGUGGUUAUAGCAGCGGUUAUAGCGGUGGAUACGGCGGUGCAAAGGAGCAGAAAAUCCGCGUUUGGUAUGAAGGGACGGAAAAAAGUAUCCUCAAAACUCUCUCUUUUGGUGACCUGACACUCAAUCUGCCCAAUGCCCGCUUCCUGAACGUCAAUCGCAAUCUGUUUGGACUUGAGGCGGUUGCACAGCUUGGUGGGGCAAAGUUGACAGCGUUUGGCUCCCGCAGCAAAGAUGAACUCCUCCACGAUUCCUACCGCCCAAUUCAGCGCGGUAGCGAGGAGAUCUAUAUCGACGAUAACGUCGCAAGCAAUAAUCAGGGCGGCGUGCGGACGGGGCGUGGUUACUUCAAUCUCCAGCAAGCAGGUCAGGAUUAUAAUAUCAAUUACGAAACCGGUGAAAUCGAGUUCUUAACGCGGAUUUCUGCCAGCUACGAGAUUGUCGUCGCUUAUGAAUAUCUCGGCGAGGGCGGUGGUGUGGUUGGAAAUCCGGGGAAUGUCUUUGAGGAUGAGAACGGCGAUGGUACGGUCGAUGAAGAGGGGAGCGAAGAAAUUCCGUAUAUCCAGAUCUUCGGGCUAGAUCAAGAUGGAGAUGGUAUCGUUGAUCCGGAGUUUAUCGACUUCGACCGAGGUAUCCUGACGUUUUCUGAUUUGCGUCCCUUUGUUAUCGAUGAUCCCGCAAGUCCUUACUACCAAUUUCGCGAACAGUUAAGCAACGAAGCAAUCUACCUCGAAAACCCAAGGACGACCGAUGCGGCUUACACGAUCAUUGUAGAUUAUUCGUUUCAAUCGGAGACGUAUAACGUUGGGCUGUUUGUCAUCCCGGGCAGCGAGAAGGUGAGGCUCAAUGGGCAACUGCUGAAACGCGAUGCUGAUUAUACAAUGAUAUAUGAGGUAGGAAGCAUUCGCUUUUUUACUGAGCUUGAUGAGUUCGACGAAAUCGUGGUUGAAUUUGAGAGAACUCCAUUCGGUGGAUCACUGCAACAAACGGUUGCUGGAUUAUGGCUGGAAUAUUCCUAUAUUCCCAAACCGAAAACAGAGAAGAAAGAGCAGAAGUUAGAUCGGUUUGAACGGCUUAUCGGUAGGAUCGAUCGUCCGGAAACGGACGAUUGGUCUGACACUGAGGAUAGUCCCUUCGGACGAGGCUCCUCCGGUGGAUUUGGCGGUCGAUCUGGUGGCGGUCGAUUUGGUGGCGGUGGAUCUCGCGGUUUUGGGGGUGGUUCUGGCGGAUACUCAAGUUUAGGCGGUCGAUCUAGGCGAGGAUUGCGUGCCGGUGGCAGCAGCUAUUUCAAUCCUACAUUCCAAAAAGGAUUUAGCUUUGCAACGGGUUACAUCCUGAACACCGGACAAAAACCGUCUCGUAUCCCCGACGUCAAUGGUGCGCCGAGUCGAUUGCAGGCUGUCAACUUCAACACCACCUUUGGAAGGGAUUUCAAUUUAGCAUGGCUGUUGAACCCGCUACCGCUUGUCGCAAUGCGUAAUUUUCCGUUAUCAAUAAAUUUCAGCGGGGAAACAGCGUUCUCCCACAAUAACCCGAACAGUGUUGGACUUGCCCUGAUUGAUAGCAUGGAAGGAGCACGAGAGGCGUCGAACACCCCCACGUUCAAACACCAUUGGCGUGUGAGCAGCCUACCUGUCGCAGAAGGAGUGACCUUGGAUAAUCGCGCACUUUUUCGUGUUCUAGCAAGGGACCGCAACGAAUCCCAAGCCGUCGGCAACUAUAUGCGCAAUCGUGAGGUGCCUGCAUCGGUGAUCAAUCCGCUGGCAAACUCGACGGAAGAACGCCUCAUCAUGGAGGUUGGUUACGAUCUGACAGAUGUCAUCGAGGAGUGGGGCGGCUUUUCGUAUGGCUUGUCUUCCUCUGGAGAGGAUUUUUCAGAACGCCAAUUCCUCGAAAUUUGGUUUCGGGUGCGCGGUGACUCGGAUGUGACGUUGCAUAUCGAUCUGGGUGUCGUGAACGAGGAUAGUGACUUGGAUAGACGACUGGACACCGAGGAUCUGCCACCGGAGUUGGAAGAUAUCAACGGGGAUGGAAAGGUUGAUGCGUUAGACCUUGAUUUGGAAAACCUGCCUGCUUCCCAAAAAUUCCGUGCAAAUGGCUCGUUAGACACAGGCGAGGAUGUCGGAUGGGAGUAUAGUGCUGGGUUUCAACCGACGAAAGUUGGUCCCAACAACACGGUUUUGGAUACGGAAGACCUUAACGGAGAUGGCGUUCUAGACACUAUCGAUGCCUACCUCGAAAUCAAAAUUCCGCUUAACGAUAUCCCUAAAGAGUGGUUAAAACGGCAACAUCCAAACGGCUGGACAUUUCUAAGCAUCCCCCUUAACGCAGCUACAGCUGAAGCAGAGCGGUUUACCGUUGGCACCAAAGACAACUUCAACUUUAACGAUUAUCAGGCUGCUUAUGAACAGAUUAAGGAUGAAGACAAUUUCAAAAAGUUACACCCCUUUACAGAAUCGACAUACGGCUACCAACAACGACAGCAGCGCGAACAAACACUGACGUUGAAUUAUGCACUUCUGCCGGAAUCCUUCGGCGUGACAUCACGGGGACUGCGCGGGCUCCAGCACGGCGAAGGGCAAGAUUUUUCGAAACAUGAUACGCUCAGACUGUGGAUUUACGGCGACAGAAGCGAGACGACAUUUGUGUUACGCCUUGCACCGAGCAUCCGCACCGGAUUUCGGUCUACCUAUCGUUCUGCAGGUCCCUUUGAGGACUCGCAGGACCAAGAGAAAGCUAUCAACGUCUUUGAAAAUUUGAGGGACUUUUACGAAUACACGCGCGUAAUUGAUUUUGACGGCUGGAAACUGAUUGAAAUCGAGUUGAGCGAUCUGAAACGCAAUGAAUAUCCCGAUACCACCGCACUAACCGAUCUAGGUGGUGUUAUACCGCAGACAGGUCAAAUUGACCAACUGGAUCCAACAACUUCCACGGACCUAUCAACUGAGCAAGAGAAUGUCGGAGGCAUCCUAAUCGGCAUCCGCAAUGACACUGAACAGGAGAUUGGUGGGGAAGUGUGGGUCAACGAAAUUCAUCUAAGCAAUCCGCUGGUACGUUCAGGUUGGGCCCGGCGCGCCAACAUGAACGUUAAACUUGGCAAUCUGUUCAAGGUGGAUGGUGGAUAUGCAAGGCAAGACAAAGACUUUGAGAAUUCUGCCGGCGAUACAGGGCGUCAACGUCGACAGGAUCUGGGAUAUAGCACGACUAGCAAUGAUUUCAAUAUCAAUACCGAACUCACCCUCUUCUCUUGGCUUCCCGUUCGCUACUCUAUCCGAGAGGAUGAAUCUGAGACAGAAAGCCAGCGUGGAUCUUUUAGCUCCUUCCAAAGUGGAAAGAGCAAAACAAAGAGUCGAGAUUUUUCGGCACGUUUGAAUUUACGCCCACUUCCAGUAUUGGGGUUCGCACUCAAUCGCCAAGAUUUUUGGAAUGAACGCCAAGGCACAGAACUUAGCGAUCUCUAUACCGGUUCCUUCCAGUUCGAUCUUGGCUCAUUCUUUGGGGUAGACGCCCAGUAUCACCACGAAAAUGUUGAAACCGAUCCAUUGACAGCGACAGACACUUAUAGUAGCAGCACUUCUUCGUUUGGCAGCUACUAUGGGCGUAACCGAGAUGAAAAGGUGGAUACCGGCAGCAUUUCGAUCGACAUCAGCCCGUUCGAGAGUUUUAGCCUGAAUCCGCAGUACGAAGUUCGUCGCACACUUGAAAAACAGGAUCCAAACAAUCAAGGCGGAGGUGGUUUGAGCAGUUUCGCGCAAUCGACAGCCACAACAACAACGAUGGAGGAGACAGAAGAACCGGCAGCAGUUCCUGUAUUCACCAUUGCGGAACGAGAACACCGAUUGCUCUGA